AUGGCUAUGAAGAGUACGAAUGUACUUUUUCGUUUUGACUGUCCGUCACUUAAUUGGCGUUAUGUAUUAAGCUGGGAAGCGCUCCCGCCGGAGACGGCUACGUUCACAGCGGACAUAACACCGCUUAUCCUGGCGGCGCACCGCGAUAGCUACGAGAUCAUCAAGCUGUUGCUGGACCGCGGUGCCGCGUUGCCGGUACCGCAUGACGUGCGAUGCGGCUGCGACGAGUGUGUGCGCUCGCGCAGCGAAGAUUCGCUCCGCCACUCACGAUCCAGGAUCAACGCGUAUAGAGCACUCGCUUCCCCUUCACUCAUUGCUCUCUCUUCCAAGGAUCCCAUCUUGUCAGCAUUCGAGCUAUCGUGGGAGUUGCGACGGCUUUCGGCGCUAGAGCAUGAGUUCAAAACAGAGUACCAGGAGUUACGAGUCCAGUGCCAGGAGUUUGCAACGGCGUUGCUAGACCACACGCGGACGUCGCACGAGUUGCAGGUGCUACUCAACCACGAAAAGGACUCGCCACAAGCGCCUCUGCCAGAGCCCGGUGCACCAGAGCGUAUGAGACUAUCCAGACUUAAACUCGCCAUCAAACUCAGGCAGAAGAAGUUCGUAGCGCACCCCAACGUUCAGCAACUUCUGGCGUCAAUCUGGUAUGAAAGUGUGCCAGGGUUCCGGCGCAAGAACAUGCUAUUGCAGGCAGCAGAGAUGGUCCGCAUCGGAGCAAUGUUCCCGCUGUACUCGCUCGCGUACAUUGCUGCGCCACAUUCUGCCGCCGGCCGCACGCUGCGCAAACCUUUCAUCAAGUUCUUAUGCCACUCUGCAAGCUACUUCAUGUUCCUAUAUACAGCAAGAUUUUUUAAUAAGAACAUAAAUGAUGAGUUUUUAUGUAAUUGUAUGAUGAUUGCAGUCUUGCUGAUCCUGGCGUCACAGCGCAUCGAAACAGCGGCAGGCGGGUUGCUAUGGGACGCACCGGCGCCACAUACGGAGCCGUUGUCGCGCCGCGGGGCACCGCCUUCGCUCGUCGAAUGGCUCAUCCUCGCCUGGGUCAGCGGUCUGAUCUGGAGUGAGGUGAAGCAGCUGUGGGAUAUGGGGUUGCGGGAGUACGUGCACGACAUGUGGAAUGUUAUCGACUUUGUUACCAACUCACUGUACGUCGCGACUGUCGCUCUACGUAUAGUGUCACACUUUCAGGUACGUCGCGAGAUGGCUCAAGGUUUGCAAUGGAAUCAGCCACGAGAGAAAUGGGACGCAUGGGAUCCGAUGCUCCUUUCCGAAGGACUGUUCUCAGCGGCUAACAUCUUCAGCAGCCUCAAACUGGUGUACAUAUUCAGUGUCAACCCUCACCUAGGUCCACUGCAAGUCUCUCUCAGUCGAAUGGUCUUGGAUAUACUGAAAUUUUUCGUGCUAGAUAUAUUAGUGAUCUUCGCAUUCUCCUGUGGUCUUAACCAACUUCUUUGGUACUAUGCUGACAUGGAGAAAAAGCGAUGCACGACCGGCACGUCUCUUCCGGCACCGAAUGGAACAUUACCUGAUCCUGACGCUUGUAUCGUCUGGAGACGAUUUGCUAAUUUGUUCGAGACUAUGCAGACGCUGUUUUGGGCGGCGUUCGGUCUCGUGGACCUUGACUCGUUCGAGUUGGACGGCAUAAAAAUAUUUACCCGCUUUUGGGGCAUGCUCAUGUUCGGCACAUACGCUGUCAUCAAUGUCAUCGUGCUACUCAACCUACUCAUUGCCAUGAUGAAUCAUUCCUAUCAACUUAUAUCUGAGCGCGCAGACGUGGAAUGGAAGUUCGCGCGCAGUAAACUUUGGAUCUCGUACUUCGAGGAGGGUGGUACCGCGCCGCCGCCAUUCAACGUGGUGCCAUCGCCUAAAUCAUUGCUGUACGCAUGGCGGUGGCUGCAGCGACGUAUGUGCGGGCACGCACGCGCUAAAAGAGAACACAUGCGUACCAUCAGGAGAAAAGCAAAACAAGCCAACGAGCGUGAUUUCCGAUACCAGGCUAUAAUGCGGAACCUGGUGCGUCGGUAUGUGACGGUGCAGCAACGGCGCGCGGAGAGUGGAGGUGUCACCGAGGAUGACGUCAACGAGAUCAAGCAGGACGUAUCCGCUUUCCGCUGCGAGCUCGUCGAGAUCCUGCGCAACUCCGGCAUGAACACGUCCACUGCCAAUGCAGGCGCACCGGGCGGGGGCGGCGGCAAAAAGAAUCGUCAGAAAGAGCGACGGCUGAUGAAAGGUUUCAACAUCGCACCCGGUGGGUCACUGACUGCCGGCGACGAGUUCCUCGCGUCGUUACAUCACGAGCACGGCGGAGCGCACGGUGCGCAUCACGCGUCACUCUCCGCAUUAUUGGGCGCGCGGUUACGCACCUCCCAGUCUUCAUUGUCUGACGGCGGGGCCACAUCCGUGACCCCCGCGCCUGUCCCCACUCGACGUAAGCCUGCGCCCCAUAAACGCCGAUGGGGCACUAUUAUAGAAGCCGCGCGCGCCGCCCGUGUAUCGCGUUUCAUCGGCCGCUCGCGUUCCGAGGACUCCGUGUGUGACCAUGCGAGGCAGUCGCCAAGCGGCAGUGAUCGGUCCGAGUCGGGUAGUGAUUCGCAGCGCAGCCCAGAGCGCGGGUCCCGGAGCGGCGGACCGCUGCACCCUCUGACGGCACUAGCGGCUCUCAAACGCAAGCGCAAAAAGUUCUCGGACUCACGCCGAGCAGCUGAGGAGGCGCGCGCGGGGGGUGCGGCGGUAACGCGCAACACCGGGGGCCCGGAGUCCCUGCAGCGCGCCAGUUCCGUGCCAGCGCGCGCCCCCCCACCUGCAGCACCUGCUCCUGCCGUACCAACCACCCACUCCCCCGCUGAUACCACCGCGCGGGGCGGAAGCCGCGAGCCCCUUCUGGCCAGCCUCGACGAAGAUGCACAUAAGGAGGCUUGCGGCGAAUGCGGUAUGGAAGCGAACGAGGCUGAUGACGACACUGGGACGGUCACGAAAGUGGUGGUGGACGCGAGCGGAGCGGGCACGAGGGCGGCCACAGGGGCAGGAGCGGGCGCGGGAGCGGGAGCGGGAGCGGGAGAUUCAUGCGGGCGUUGUGCUGCUCUCGCACGUCUGGCGGGCGUUACGCCACUACACGGCCACGUGCCUCACAACUCCGCCGGCUGUUUUCGUUUAGGAGUCUACAAAGUCUUGGAAUGGAUGACUUUGCACCUAAGUGCACCUUACGAUAUGGUGGACACAGGAGCAAUAUUGGCUAACGGGGGUAGCCCAUUUGCGGGAAUAAGGGAACAUUUAUAUGCACCUUCAUAUGCACCGAUCAGCAAAAGAAUUCUAUGUUUUUUGUCAUUAAGUAGUAUGAGCAUUGCACUCAUAAAGCCUGAAUGA